AUGGGAAGCACUAAGGAAACCUUUGUGUUUUUAGCUUUGAUCUCUCUGUUAUCUUCUCUUUCGUAUUCAUUGCCUCUUUCAACUAGAGGGAGAUGGAUUGUGGAUUCGGCCACCGGACGUCGUGUGAAGCUUGUGUGCGUGAAUUGGCCUUCCCACACGCAGAGCAUGCUUAUUGAAGGGCUUGACCGCAGGCCGUUGAAAGACCUUGCUGAUGAGGCGGUUAGGUUGAGGUUCAAUUGUGUUCGACUCACGUACGCUACUCAUAUGUUUACUCGCUAUGCUAAUAGGACGAUUGAAGAGAACUUUGACCUUCUUGAUCUGAAAGCUUCCAAGGCCGGGUUGGCUUUGCAUAAUCCGUUUGUUUUGAACAUGACCAUUUUCGAAGCAUAUGAAGCUGCAGUUGAUGUGCUUGGUGCAAGUGGUUUGAUGGUGAUUGCUGACAAUCAUAUUAGCCAACCAAGAUGGUGCUGCUCUCUUGACGAUGGAAAUGGUUUCUUUGGAGAUCGUUAUUUUGACCCAGAAGAAUGGUUGGAAGGUCUUCGUUUAGUAGCUCGACACUUUCACAACAAAUCAAGUGUGGUGGGCAUGAGUCUACGAAACGAACUCCGAGGAGCAAGAUCAAACCCGAAAGAUUGGAACAAGCACAUAACACGAGGUGCAAGAGCGAUCCACACCAUAAACCCAAAUGCCCUCGUGAUCAUCUCGGGCCUAAACUACGACAACGACUUAAGAUGCCAAACCCAAGCCCCCUUACCCCUAGGCAACCUCCACAACAAGCUAGUGUUGGAGGUGCACUUAUAUUCCUUCAGUGGGGACUCCCAAGCAAAGUUCACCCAGAACCCACUCAACAAAAUCUGCUCCAAGGUGAUGAAUGGGUUCGUGGAGAGGGCUGGGUUCGUGGUGGAAGGGGAAAGGGCAGUGCCUUUGCUGGUGAGUGAGUUUGGGAUGGACCAGAGGGAGAGUGGGAAUGAGGCUGAUGACAGGUUUAUGAGCUGCUUUGGGGCUUAUCUGGCGAGGAUGGAUUUGGACUGGGCGGUGUGGGGAUGGCAAGGGAGUUAUUAUUAUAGGCAGGGGCAGGCUCGGCCUAGGGAAGUGUUUGGGGUCUUGAAUUAUGAUUGGAGUGGUGUCAGAAACCCUAGGUUUUCUCAGAGGUUUCAGCUCUUGCAAACCAUGUUGCAAGAUCCAAAUUCGUAUUCACCAAACUCUUACCUAAUGUAUCAUCCACAAAGUGGGCAAUGUGUCCAAGCGGAAGGCAAUAGUAAGGAAAUCUAUAUGAACAACUGCUCCCAUGCAAGCCAAUGGAGCCAUGAAGGAGAUGGGACGCCAAUCAGGUUGAAGGAUAGUGGUUUAUGCCUAAGAGCAAGUGGAUAUGGCCUUAAGCCAUCGCUGUCAACUGAGUGCCUGUAUAAACACAGUGGUUGGAGAGCCAUUUCUGACUCAAAGCUUCAUUUGGCCACAUUGGCUCCAAAUGGGAAUGGUAAUGGUAAUUUGUGUUUGGAGAGAGAGAGCUCAAAUUCAACAAGGAUUGUGAUGGGCAGGUGUAUUUGUGUUGGGGACGACUCAAGUUGCCUACAUGACACUCAGGCUCAAUGGUUUCAACUGGUUGUCACAAAUACUUUGUAAUGCGUUACGUUUGUCAUGUGAAUGCAGUAAUAUAAUAAUGAUAGAACAAUAUAUGUGAUAUGUAUUACAUUUUGAAUCGAAGUAACUAUAUAUCAUUUCUUUCUUUUAA